AUAAUGAUUCGAAUAUGUUAUUCUUAUCAUAGUUAAUGAAAAAUACGUUUCAUUUGCAAAAACUGCAAAAACUAUAGUUAAUUGAAUUAUAAUAUCAGUGAACAUUAUGUCUUAUAUAACGAAAGCAGCAACUUUUGCACUCUUUUUACAUUUUGUGGCAAGCUUUGAACUGAAUUCACAAAAGUUUGACAUAUCAACAGACACGCGAAUAAUUUCAAGUGGACCAUCAAUGGUUACAACAAAAGCGAAAUCUGGAUUCGAAUGCGCUAUCGUGUGUACGAAUGAUGAUAACUGCUGUUCCUGUAGCUAUAACGAAGACUCGGAACAAUGUCAGCUUUCUUGUUCGUGUAGUCCAACAACGGAACUCCAUAACGGAUCGUUUACAUUUAUAAAGACUCCUCAACCAGUUUUCAGUGUUCCAGUAACCGACUGUAGUGAACUGCCAGCUGGAACAAAAAGUGGAGUGUAUUGUAUUCAGCCUGAUUUUGAGGCACCUGAAAUUGCUGUUUACUGUGAAAUGGACAUUGAUGAUGGGGGAUGGACUACAAUCCAGAGAAGAUAUGACGGCACUGUGGACUUUUAUCGGUUUUGGGAGGAUUAUAAAUUUGGAUUCGGGGACAUAGCUGGGGAACAUUGGCUUGGAAAUGAAAAUUUGAUGUUCAUUGUUCGACAAGGAUCCUACCAAGUGCGAUUUGACCUUGAAGACUUUACAGGGGAUACAUCGUACGCUGUGUAUGAUACAAUAGAUGUUGGGGAUGAAAGUUUAAACUACAGCCUCCUUCUGGUGGGUUACAGUGAUGGAACAGCAGGUAAUGCAAUGGCGGAUUUGAACCCCAAAUGGAAUCAUAUGUUUACAACUCGUGACAGGGACAACGAUUUAAGCUCAGAGUUUAACUGUGGUAUUAAAAAGGAAAGUGGCUGGUGGCAUACUGCAUGUACCUCUGCCAAUAUUAAUGGAGGAUAUGGAGAGAUGUAUAAUAAUACUGCGAACAUGCAUUGGAAAACAUGGAAAACAAAUGCGCUAAAAAAAACAAGAAUGAUGAUCAAACCAAUGGAAGCAUCCUCUGGAAUUACUGGUAUUGGUUAAUAGAAAAACUUACAGAAUCAGACUUUUUUUAGAUGAUAAUUUGUUUUGCUUUCAAUUUGAUUGGUUAGUAUUUGCUUUAUUUAUGGCAGAUGUCUGGUCUCAGUAAAUUGGUAGUGCAUUUUCAUUUAAAUAGACCAAUUUAAAUAUUUAAACUUUCCUCUGUGUGAUAUUUCUGUUUAUAACCAAUCAAUAAAACUCGUUGUUGUAACUAUUUCACUGAA